AUGCCGCAAGACCCAAACCUCUACGGCCAACCGCCGCCCAAGAAGCGCAAGAACAACAUGUCGCUGAGCAGCUCCCUCGACUUCACCGCCCAACUCACGUCGCUCAUGUCAACACCGUCCACGACGACAUCCGCUCCAGCGCGAUCACGUCCGUCUCGGACGAAAGACGACAUCUUCAGCAGCUCCAAAUCCAAACGCCGCGACGACGGCACCAAACCCGGCUCGAGCUCCGCCGAUUCCAACAAGCUCAACCUGAAAGAACCCCUCGGCACCGAAGAAGAGUCGUCAAAUCUCGCCCGGACGCGGCGCAAGAUGGAGGAGAAGGCGCGCCUCUACGCCGCCAUGAAGCGCGGCGACUACGUCCCCAAAGAAAACGAGGCCGCGCCCCUGAUAGACUUUGACCGCAAAUGGGCCGAGACCGAGGAGGCGCGGGGCAAGGACGGGGGGGCCUCGAGUUCCGGCUCCGACGACGAUGACGGUGAGGACGAUGCAGAUACCAACGCCCAGGAAAUCAUCGAGUACGAAGACGAGUUCGGGCGUCUGCGACGGGGCACCAAGGCAGAUAAGGAACGACUGGAGCGCCAACGCCGACGCGGCCUCCUAGGCGCCGAAGAGCUGGAGCGCAUGUCGGCCCGGCCCGCGGCGCCGUCCAACCUGCUCUACGGCGACGCGAUCCAGACGAUGGCUUUCAACCCGGACGACCCGGACAAGAUGGAGGAGCUGGCGCGGAAGCGCGACCGGAGCGCGACGCCGCCCGACAUGAAGCACUACGACGCCGACAGCGAGAUCCGCACCAAGGGCACGGGCUUCUACAAGUUCAGCAAGGACGAGGAGGUCCGGUCCAAGGAGUUCCAGAGCCUCGAGGAGGAGCGGCAGAGGACGGAGGCCGCGAGGAGGGAGCGCGAGGAGAAGAAGGAGGCGAGGCGGAGGGAGAUCGAGCAGCGGCGGAAGGACGUCGAGGCGAGGAGGGCGAAGAAGUUGGCUGAUAGCUUUUUGGACGGGCUUGCAUCCGACAUGAAUGGGGGCGGCGCCACGGCCGACCAGGCACUGAACGGUCCGUCGCAAUGA